CACAGUUCGGCGGAAUCCUGCCGGGGGCAAGGGGCAGAAUGCAGGGGCAGAUGAAGAGGCGUCAGGAGAAAGGGAAGGGACUGAGCCCCACGAUCCCAACUCGGAGAGGAACGAGGACCCAGACUGUCCCCAAACAAUGGGGAAUCUCAGUGCGCUGGAUCCAUGGGAUCCCCAACUUGGCUCCAAGGAGAGAAAUCCUCCCCCAACGCUAGAGGGCAGCACUCCCCUGGCUUCUGCCCCUCAGGGCCCCAGCCCUGCCCAAAGCCAAGGGGGCCCCAGCCCUGCCCAAAGCCAAGGGGGCCCCAGCCCUGCCCAAAGCCAAGGGGGCCCCAGCCCUGCACCCCUGCGCUCCUCUGGGCCCCACACAGACUUGAGGGACUCUCCCAAAGCCAAGAUGGACUCCUGCCUACGUCUCCCUGCUUUGUGUCCGGCACUGAGGCCCCCACUGCCUGUGGCCCCUGCAUCGAUAUUGAGUCCGGCUCCCCCCACAGGUACGAGGCGAGUGAGGAGAGCAGUGACAGUGAUGUGGAAUUGGUGAGACCGCGGCAAGUGAAGCGCAGACGACUGCUCCCUGGGACCGUCCCGGCCUCCGUGUCCGUCUACUCUAAUAAGGUGAACAGCAGCCUGAAGCUGCCCCCCGAUAACUCCAAGGCCCUCCUGCAGAUGUCGGAGCUGCACAGCAUCCGGGGGUCUGAAGAUGUAGAGAGUGAGAUUGUGCCCCCCGUCACCCAGCAGAAACCCCCCACCAAGGAACUGACUGAUUCUGAGACUGACGAGACAGAGCCCCCCAAUACUGAGAGGCUCCGCACUGGCUCUCCCUCACCCCCACCCACCCCGAAGACCCCAGUAAGGAGAAAGGGGCGGGCGUAUAACAAAAUCAGGGAGAUGGACGCUCGGCUCAGGGAUUUGGGGACCGUUCUCUCCCCGGGACAGAAGGUGACGACAGAAGAGAACGAUGUGAUUGUUGUGGGGAGCAGCCCGGCCCCGGAGCUGACAGUCAAGGUGCGCAGGGGAGGCAAACUCUUCAGGAUAAAUCUGGCAAUGUGGGACCCCCUGGAGAAACUGGCGCAGUCCAUGGCUUCCCAACUGAAUGUGGAGCCUUCCCGGAUCCUCCUCCUCCUCGGGGACGAGGAGCUGAACAAGUCUCAGACCCCAAAGUCCAUGAACCUGACUGUGGCUGAUAUCAUUGACUGUGUGGUUCUGUCCCCGCCCGAUGGGCAGGAAGAUUCUGACCCAAAUGAGAAGAUCUGUAUAAAGGUGCAGGGGAAGGAGAAGCAGUCGCACCUCAGUGUCAUGGUGGGGAAGGUGGAGCCGCUCCAGUCCCUAAUGGAUCAGUACCAGGCUGCAAUGGGUCUCACCAAGAAGCACAAAGUCUCCUUUUUCUUCGAGGGCCAGAAACUGAAAGGGAAGAACACGGCCGAGGAGCUGGGCCUGGAGUCCGAUGAUAUCAUAGAAGUCUGGGCCUGACUGGGCUCGAGGUUCUGCUCCACAAAGCAAUAGACUUGGGGGUUCUGCCCCUAUAAACUGCCUAACUACCUUCUCAGGAUCCCUACACAAUCAGCUGCUGAUGUUGGCCGCGGGACAGCCAUGUUUUUCCCAGCAUCCCCCGUGCAUCAUUGCUCCCAUAGAGUCCAAUGGACCCGCCUGUAUAAUUAUAUAUUUAUGUACUUGCUGUAAAUACUUGUUUCUGUAUAUUUCUUACCGAAAGCCUUUACUUUUGUAUCAAAUAAACGCCAGAUGUU